UAUUACCAAAACCAAAAUAAAUAUACCAAAAUUUGGAAAGAACAUAAAUUGGAAAGACCAAAUCGAGAAAGUAAUAUAGAGAAGCCGACAAAUUGCAAAAUUUACCUAAACCCAUCUUACAUCACCUUCAGAUUCUGAUCUCAGUAUCAUAAAAGCUCAAGAACAAUCACAUAAUCAGAAUCUAACUUAUAUCAGAUUUUUACAGCUACCCUUUUGCUUCAGAGUCUGAUUAUUCUCCAUUGAAGCUGGAUUUUGUAAGGAAAGUUAGAAGCAGAAGUUGAGAGCUUUUUGGAUAGUGAAGCUCAAAAACAAAACAAUGGGCUUCAAACUUUGCUUCUUUGUCUUCUUGGGUUGUCUUCUUCUUGUUCCAGAGACAACAAUGGCUCAAGAAACGAAACGUGCAUCGAUCGUUGUGGAAGGAGCCCGUCGAGUCUGUGAGACCGACGAGAACUUUGUCUGUGCCACAUUGGACUGGUGGCCUCAUGACAAGUGCAACUAUGACCAAUGUCCUUGGGGUUACUCUUCAGUUAUCAAUAUGGAUUUAACUCGUCCCCUUCUUACUAAAGCUAUUCAAGCUUUCAAGCCAUUGAGGAUAAGAAUUGGUGGUUCCUUGCAAGAUCAAGUAACGUACGACGUAGGAAAUCUCAAAACUCCUUGCCGUCCAUUCCAAAAAAUGAACAGCGGUUUGUUUGGAUUCUCUAAAGGAUGCUUGCACAUGAAGCGAUGGGACGAGCUCAACAGUUUCCUAACCGCAACCGGAGCGGUAGUGACAUUCGGUUUAAACGCUUUGCGUGGGAGACACAAACUCCGCGGAAAGGCGUGGGGUGGGGCCUGGGAUCACAUAAACACUCAAGAUUUCAUAAACUAUACAGUCUCAAAGGGUUACGUUAUUGAUUCUUGGGAAUUCGGAAACGAGCUGAGUGGAAGCGGGGUUGGUGCAAGCGUGAGCGCAGAGCUUUACGGGAAAGACUUGAUUGUACUGAAAGAUGUAAUCAACAAAGUGUAUAAAAAUUCUCGGUUACACAAGCCUAUACUUGUCGCUCCUGGAGGGUUCUAUGAACAACAAUGGUACACCAAACUUCUUCAGAUCUCCGGUCCUGGUGUUGUCGACGUCGUGACUCAUCAUAUAUACAAUCUUGGUUCAGGUAAUGAUCCUGCGCUUGUGAAGAAGAUAAUGGAUCCGAGUUACUUAAGCCAGGUAUCAAAAACGUUCAAGGACGUGAAUCAGACGAUUCAAGAACAUGGACGGUGGGCUUCUCCUUGGGUUGGAGAGUCUGGCGGAGCUUACAAUAGUGGUGGCCGUCAUGUUUCUGAUACAUUCAUAGAUAGCUUCUGGUAUCUAGAUCAGCUUGGAAUGUCGGCGAGACACAACACUAAAGUUUACUGCAGACAGACUUUGGUUGGAGGGUUUUACGGCUUGCUCGAAAAGGGAACGUUUGUUCCAAAUCCUGAUUAUUAUAGUGCGCUGCUUUGGCAUCGUUUAAUGGGAAAAGGGGUUCUUGCGGUUCAAACAGAUGGACCGCCGCAGCUACGAGUUUAUGCACAUUGUUCAAAAGGAAGAGCCGGUGUGACAUUGCUUCUGAUAAAUCUAAGCAAUCAAUCGGAUUUUACGGUUAGUGUCAGCAAUGGCAUAAAGGUUGUUUUGAAUGCGGAAUCGAGGAAGAAGAAGUCAUUGUUGGAUACUUUAAAGAGACCAUUUUCUUGGAUUGGAAGCAAAGCUUCGGAUGGAUAUUUGAACAGAGAAGAGUAUCAUCUGAAACCAGAAAACGGUGAGUUGCAGAGCAAAACAAUGAUCUUGAAUGGUAAAUCGUUAAAACCGAUGGCAACAGGAGAUAUCCCGAGCCUUGAACCGGUCCUCCGUGGUGUGAACUCUCCACUUAACGUCUUGCCAUUGUCGAUGUCGUUCAUUGUGUUGCCUAAUUUUGAUGCUUCUGCUUGUUCAUGAUGUUAAUGGAGUCUCUCUUUGCUCAUUGGAAAAAAAUAAAAAUAAAGAAAAGAUGUAAUUUUUUUGGUAAUUGUAUCUAAAUGCUGGUGAUAAA